UCUUCGUAACCACAACACACGAUCAACACGACAUCAUUUGAUCACAUUUUCCAAGUAAUUUACACCUAAAGUUAAAUAUAUAGAGAAUAAACACGAACACCCAGGCAAUGUAAUGCUAUGCCGCCGAUGAUGUUAAAUAUAUAAUGGGCAUUGAUCUGGUGUCCAUGGCCUUCCCACGUGCGGGCGAGGAGGUAGGGCUGCCCACACUACCACACCAGUCUGUCAAUGUCCGUCGUGGUGGCCAGGUGCGGUUAUUAAUAGUGAAGACAGAACCUAACAUGUGACCCAACUAAGAUCAUUUAUGGUGUCCUCAUGGAGAGAAAAAUGUGAAAAAAUACUUUUUUUUUUGAGGGAAAGUAAUGAUAUAAUUGAUAAGAGGAUAGAUCAUACGGUAACAUGACAGGUGUUGGUAAUGAAAUGGUUUGCUCAUGUCACAGGUAAAUUAAGUAAUAGUAACAUGUUGCAUCACAUAACCAAUUAUUGCGUCGUGUUGUUCAUAUCUUAUGUAGUUAACCUUAAGAUUUUCUGUUUUUUAUGGCGUUGUAAUAAAGACACGUUAUUUGUUCAGUACAUUCACUAAUAAGGUUACAACCACUGCAUCUUGGCACACAGGAAAAUGUUUUAAGGAAGUUUCAUUGAUUUGUAUGGUAUACCCUGUAUAUGCAUUUCAACUGAGAGAGAGAGAGAGUCCUCCUCUGGUUAGGUUUAAAGGACACGUCAAGUUAUAUCAGUUUUCUUUUUUAAUUAAGAGUUUAAAAGAGACAACCUUGUGCAUGACAUUGCCUACGUUAGUGUUUCUCAUGCAGCGGUACAUCACGCAAAGUUCAUCUACGUGUGGCACAACAUUUCGAAACAACAAUUAUUAAUAAAAUACAGGUAAAAAGCAUUUGCACUUCCUGAAAAGAUGGAGUAUUGAUUUUCUCAGUCCUAGUGUAAUGCGGUCGAUAGUAGAUGGGCAUCUGUGACUUACUUGUUUAUGUGAUAUGACGAGUUACCUGAGAGAACCGAGCAGUGGGCGAUUUCGGGCGUGUGGUGUUGGGGAGGGUGAAUAAAGGUGGCUGGGGCGGUAAGAUCUUGACACCCUCCUGACGCUGCUGCUGUCACCAUGCCUCACUGUCCGCUGCCCGCCCUCCUCCUCUGCUUCCUCACACUGUCAACAGGAGGGGAGGAGGUGGAGGAGCAGGAGGUUCGGGUGUACAGUCUCCAGCGGGGGGUGUGGACGAUACCCUCCACCAGUGUCUACCUCCGAUACAACUUCCCAGUCGAUCUCAACCCCGUCACCCACCUCACCGUCUGCUACAGGAUCAGGUUGGAGAAGUUUGCCGACUACAACAUUCACCUCUCUUACGCCACCAGCGAGAAGGACGCCAACUCCCUCCUCUUGUACAACAUGGCGACUCAGAUGCUGGCUUACGUGAACAACCUGCAACAGACGCUCGUCACUACAGAGCCCCUGGAGAUUUACCCCGAGACCUGGAACCACUUCUGCCAUGUCCUAGAGCCAGGAGCCUACACCCUCUACUGGCAAGGCAAGAGGUACGGCCGGGCGUCUGGGAUGCGUGGCUCCCUGUUGAUGAAUGGAACACUUAUAGUGGGACAGGAGCAAGAUUCAUACGCGGGAGACUUCGCUGUAUCUCAAGUUCUUCACGGAGAUAUAACUCAGCUUAAUUUCUGGGAUCGAGUGUUGUCGGCGGCGGAAGUGGAGGAUCUUGCUGCGUGUCGGAUCAAUGGUCGCGGCAAUGUCUUCAGCCUUGACACUGCCGACGUCAAGAUGAUGGGCGACGUGCUUCUCGACAUUGUCCGUCAUAAUGAACUUUGUCGGUCACUGCCUCACUACAUGCUGUUGCCAGAGAGGCGGAGUGUGUCGGCCUCGCUGGUGCAGUGUCACCUCUUCAAUGCCUCAAUGUCAGUCCCCGGCUCCAUCCAGGACAAUGAUUAUCUCAAGCAGGUCCUCUUGCCCUUCAUGGACAACUGCAGCAGCACUCCCUGGAAGCUGUGGCUGGGUGUUACUGACCAAGCCGAGGAAGGCGUCUGGGUUGAUAUGAAUGUAAAGAAAUUUGUUGAGUUUCAAAACUUUGUGUCCCCUUUCCCUUAUGGGGGUUCUGUAGAAAACUGUGCUGCGUUGUUCCCAGACGGCACUUGGGGCGAUGCUAAGUGUAGCAUAAAAAAAUGUAGCUCAUGUGAAUUCAAACCUUCAGAGUUUUUACGUUUACGAGGUUUGUGUUUCGAGGAGGAACAACAAACUAGGUUCCGUGUGGCUGAUUAUGUUAACGGGAGGCCAUUGUUACGUGGCUUCUAUGAUCUCCUUAUUAUGUGGGACAACGAAAAUGCACAAUGGCUUCUGAGGAACACAGCCAAUACUACUCUAGCCUCUCUGUCUCCCUCAGACUUGGAAGAAUAUCCGCUGGGUCAGAAAAUCUGGCUGGUGCGUGAUCUACUUUGUGGGUCUCAUGCAGGUACGAGUCUCAACCUGAGCGUCUCUCCCUGUCUGGGCCACCACUUUAUGUGUCGUUCAGGAGAGUGUAUCGCCCACCAACACCGCUGCAACAUGCGAUAUGAGUGUAGUGACGGCAGUGAUGAAGAUGACUGUGAUAUCGUGAACUUGCCUAGUGGGUAUAGGCGCCACCUUACACCCCCGGGCACUGAUAGUUCCUCCCUCAUUAUCACGCCCAACAUUACCAUCAACCGCAUCAUGGCCGUCGAUGAGAGAGACAUGACCGUCACUAUUGAGUUCCAAGUGAAACUAACCUGGCUUGACGAGAGACUUAGUUUCAGUCACCUGGAGAGCACCAACAAAGGAACCGUUUUAUCGAGAGAGGAUGUCAAGAAGAUCUGGACUCCUCUGUACCGGCUGUCGAACCUGAAGGGGGGUCAUCUGCAGCUUCUAGAAGAGACUGUAAGAAUCACCACAGCGAGACACCCGAAGCAUCCAGACUUCAACAAUGUGAAAAUGGAUCUAGUGUACCCUGGCGGUGACAACGAACUCAUCAUAACACAGGAUUACAUCGCCAGUUUUACCUGUCCGUUUGAAUUCUACACCUACCCGUUUGAUAUCCACGUCUGCACUCUGAACCUCUGUCUGCCGUCUACCUAUGAAAAUUUCGUUGAGUUAUCAGAAGAGAUGAGAGACGUAACAUUCACUGGGCCUCAAGAAUUAACCAUGUUCUCCGUACUCAACGUGCACUAUGGCCCAGAUUCAGGAAAAUAUCACCUGAGUGUUGAAUUUGAGCUUCACUGUCACGGGAGUGCUAUUGUGUUAUCUCUAUUCAUCCCAUCCUUGUUUCUGCUGGCAAUAAGUUGGUCAUCGUUGUUUGUGAAGUGGGAGGCGUUUAGUUCCCGUCUCAUGGUGUCUGUUUCUGCUCUCUUGGUCUUCUAUACACUACGCUUUACAUUAAUCGGCUCCAUGCCGAUGACUCUGGCCAUAAAACUAAUCGAUAUUUGGUUUUUCUUUAUCAUCUCUGUCCUGUCUGUUAAUAUUAUAAUCCACAUAUUUAUUCAAGAAGAAUUUCCUAACGACGAAGCAUUCAAGAAAAAGCCAUUAUUCGUACGCCCUGCUGGAGGAGCGGUGAUAUUAACCCCAGAGUCCAUACAGCCUUCCCAUCCCAAGUUUAUCACUAUCUACAGGCGUAUCAUCCUGCCAGGCUUGAUCGUCACAUUCAACAUAAUAUUCUGGUUAACUUUACUAUUGCUAAGAUAGACAAAGUUACCCUCUCUGCCACCACGUCCAUAUCAUUAUCACCAUUCAUUAUUAAAUCAUAGAACUAUCAUUUAUUUGUAACGUAUUCACCAGCCUCAUCUAUCUCCACACCCUGUCUGUUCAGUGUACUCAUUUUAACACAUGUUUAUGGAAUACUCAUCGUGACUUCUCUUUAUGUUUACCGUUGUUGGUGUGUUUAGUUGUCGUUGUUCACGUGGGUCAUUUCUGUUUAUUUAUCAUUGUACCAUUUAUCAGCCAACUAGCCGUUAUAGUACAGGAGGAAACUGGAGUACCUCGCUUCUCUCUUAUUGGUGCAAUCUUGGGCCGGGAUAAAGGUGGGUAUUGUAGUGUGACCCUACCAAUCAUGGCAGGUUUUUCCGGUUUCUUCCUAUACUAACAGUGAACAAAGGUCAUGACAAAGAAUAGAUCAACCACCGGAAUGGCUAAUAAGCUGAUAAGUGGCGAAAUGGUAAAUAAAAUAUAGAUACUGUAACUUGCAGAUUUCCACGAAUAAACAAGUUAGCCAUAAAAUAUA